AUGGGCCGAGAGGGCCCCCGGGAUGGAGUCAGGGCCGAGAAUUACGAAAAGUUCCGCGAGGCGUUUUCGGAGAUCUUGAUAGAACAACUGUCUUCGCCUCAGAAGAAGAAGAAACCGCAUAGGCGCGGCUCGAAAAGGUCAAGGGCGCCCGUAGCGGCCAUCGGCGGGCUCCCCCCGCCGGCCGCGCCGGAGGCAGGUCCCGCGGAUGAUGACGACGCCGCGGACCUGGCCGAUUUCAUCGACUACGUCGCCUCCGAGGCCUUUGACGACCUGCCCGCGGACCUGCAGGACCUCACGCACCAGGCCUGGGCCGACAACGCCGACGCGCUGCAGACCCGCUACGACCCGGCCACUCUCACCGGCGCGCGGGUCGCCGAGGCCAUCCUGCCCGCCGCGCUGGACCCGUCCGUCGCCGACUCGCUGCGCACCUACGGCCUGGCCGACGAGGCCACGCGGGGCGUCGACGAGCUCCUGGCCUCGGCCCUGUCGGCGUACGUAGCCCGCGCCAGCGCCGCGCCUCCCGCGCCCCGGUCGGCGGCCGGCCGGGCCGACGCGUGCGAGAUCUGCGGCCGGGACUGGGUCGCCCUGACGUACCACCACCUGGUCCCGCGGCUCGUGCACGACAAGGCCGUCCGCAGGCGGUGGAGGCGCGCCGACGAGCUGCAGAGCGUGGCGUGGCUCUGCGGCGCGUGCCACGCCGCCGUGCACCGGUUCGCGGGCCACGAGGACCUCGCGCGCCGGUACUACACGGUCGAGCUGCUGCUGGAGCAGGACGAGAUCCGCAGGUUCGCGGCGUGGGUUGGCCGGGUGCGCUGGAAGAAGAGGUAG